AUGUCCGAUUCAUCUCCUUCACAGAAAGAUGAACGUCCACUGGACAACUGUUCCAGUCACUCAUCCUGUUCCACCAACCGGUCUUGCACAAGCUUCCCCAACGACCUCUCAGAUACUGUGCCUGAGGGCGAACCAGCAGACUUUGAAGGUGAGGGAAACCGACCCAGCAAAUUGAGCGGUAAUGAAGCAGCUUCGAUAACCUCAGCUACUGAGUCUGGAGUUGCUGCAAACAGGAGACUCUCACGUAUUCUCACUGGUUCGUUUCAGAAGGCUGAGAGGGUAGCUGUCGAUUAUAGUAACUGCCCCAAGAUGGGUGGGGAAAGACCUUUCCCACCUGCUCUUCCUAGCAGUGGUCUUUACGAAGUUACAUUCGAUGGUCCCAAUGACCCGAUCCAUCCAUUUAAUUGGCCUAUACGCACGAAACUUAUACUUUGCGUUGUUUUAGGAUUGAACUGUAUCUCGAUCGCUAUGGCAUCAUCGAUCUUUGCCUCUGGUGUAGAGCAAAUCUGUGCGAUUUACCAUGUUAUCCCAGUGGUAGCCAUUCUUGGUGUUUCACUGUUUGUUCUAGGUUUUGCUGCUUCACCUAUCGUUUAUGCUCCUCUUUCAGAGCUUUAUGGUAGACGUGGAGUGCUGGUCAUCUCUGCCUUUGGCUUCACGCUGUUUCAUUUUGCCAUUGCUACCGCUAAGGAUUUGCAAACUAUCAUGAUAUGUAGGUUCUUUGCUGGUUUGAUCGGCGCAGCUCCAAUGGCUGUUGUUCCUGCUGCAUUCGCAGAUAUGUUUGAUACAAACACAAGAGGUAAAUCCAUUUGCCUGUUUGCAUUGGGUGUCUUUGUAGGUCCUAUCCUAGCACCUGUGAUCGGUUCCUACAUCGUUCAACAUACCACUUGGAGAUGGUUAGAAUACGUUAUGGGUAUUUUCUCUGGUUGUGUGUUUGUCGCCAUUGCGUUGCUCUUCAAAGAGACUCAUCAUCCAACUAUUCUAGUGAACAAAGCCAGAGCCAUGCGUAAGCUGACCAACAAUUGGGGGAUUCAUGCGGCUCAUGAAACCGUCGAACUCUCAAUCAAAGAAAUCGCACAAAAGACAAUUGCAAGACCUAUCGUCAUGCUUUGUACAGAACCAGUGCUUCUUUUCGUCACCAUUUACAACUCCUUCGUCUACGGUAUUCUAUAUUUGUUGCUUGAGGCCUACCCAAUUGUUUUUGUUGGAGGCUAUGGGUUCCAAACCAACGGUGAAUUGCCCUAUAUCGCCCUGAUCAUUGGUAUGUUCUUCUGUGGAGCCUUUAUCUGGUAUUUCGAAGUCGAUUAUCUGAAAAGAGUCGCAAAGAAAGGUGGUUUGGUACCAGAAGCACGUUUGAUUCCAAUGGUUUACGCAGGUGUGGUCUUCCCUAUCGGGAUCCUAUGGUUUUGUUGGACCGGUAAUUACCCAGAUAAAGUACAUUGGAUGGUCCCAACAGUAGCGGGAGCUUUCAUUGGGUUUGGUUUGAUUGGUAUUUUUUUGCCCUGCUUAAAUUAUAUCAUCGAAUCCUACCUUCUGCUAGCUGCAUCCGCUGUGGCAGCCAACACUUUCCUAAGAUCCGCUUUUGGUGCCUGUUUCCCACUCUUCGCGGGCUACAUGUUCAAUAAUAUGGGUACUAAUUGGGCAGGAUUACUACUAGGUUUGUUUGCAGCUGCCUUGGUACCAGUGCCAAUCAUCCUACUGAAAUACGGUAAGAGAAUAAGAGAAAAAUCAAAAUAUGCAUACUCUGGUUAA